AUGGCCAGCAUUGCGUCGCAGGUUGUCCUUCACCCGGCCACAUCCCACUCUCUAAAGGUACUCGGCACGACCUUAGGGCGAGACAAGCUCUACCGUGCUGUCCAAUACUUCGCGCGGUUCUUUGCGUGGUUCCUUCUUUCUCGUGGCUACAAAAUCCAGGCGGCGAGGUGGGAUGCGCUCAAGGCACACUUGGCUCUGGGACGGAAGUUGCUACGCGUGGGCAAGUUCAUGGAAAAUGCCCAGGCUGUCCUCAGAGCCAUGAACGCGCCAGGAGAGACUGGGGAACGUAUCGCGACCAUUGGCCGCCAGAUCGGCUACUUCGGAUAUCUCGCUCUGGACCAAUUGUCUUGGGCCAUCAAGUUCUACAACUUCAUGCCGUCGACUGCGGCUAAGAUUAACAAGCGUGCCAUGCAGUUCUGGUUCGCGGGGAUCGUGUUCAGCCUCGCGCAUGGGUUGCUCAAGGCCGGUCGGCUGUCUAACGAGGUCAAGAAGCUUCAGAGCCAGUCGUGGACGGAGAAGAGUGCCGAGGCGGAGAGGGACCUCAAACUCCACAACCUCCAAGUCGCCCGAGAUGUACUUCGGUACCAAUUCAUCAUCGAUAUUCUGGACGUCUGGAUCCCCGCCACCAACAUCGGUCUGGUCAACUUCAACGAGGGCGUGUUGGGCAUCUUCGGUUUCAUCACUUCAAUGAUGGCGCUUCGCCAGCAAUGGAACGUUCUGCAGAAGUAG